AUGACUACCCGAGGUCGCCAGUUCGAUACUCAGGGACAGCGGGGUGAAUCAUCGUCGUCAUUCCUAGUUUCUUCUAAAGUUGCUCGUUUUGUCGGUUCUGCUGCUUCUGCGUCUAAGGCGAAGAAGAAGGCUAAAUCCGUUUCUGCAAUCGCCAGAUCUGUUCUGUCCGAUGAUGUUCCCACCAGAUCUGUGGCUCCGGUGUUUUGUUCUCCUCCUCUUGGCUUUUCUGCUAAGUUUGGUUCUGUUCCCGACAUCCCAGCUCUGUUGGGUGCUCUAAUUGCUGCUCCUGCGACUGAAUCAGCUGCUCCUGUGAUGGAAUCGCCUGCUCUGGUGGUUAACUCAACGGUUAAGGCUGGUAGUUCAUCACCCCGUUCUGAUGUGGCUACUGCUGGAGUGAAUCCACUGCCUCAUCUUCCGAUUGGAGCCUCUUUCUAUAUGCCGGCCGUGAUUUCUCAGAGCGUCACUCCGGCUCCGAAAGUUCCUUUAUUGAUUCCGGCUCAGACAGCUCCACCUAGGAAUUAUGCUUCUGUGCUCAAGAACUCCUCGGAACUUCAAGAACUUGGCACUCCCACUGACCAUGUCUCUGGUGUUCCGUUUGUCCUCAUACCUGAUGAGAAUAUUGAGACUACCAAGGAGGAAUUCAAAGACUUCCUUUAUGCUAGUUUCCAUGGUGACGUUCCUCCUAUGGGCAGAAUCAUUGGAGUUGUUAAUGCAGUUUGGGCGAAGUCAGGCCCUAGGAUCUAUGUUCAUCGGCUUGGGAAAGGGUCAUUUCUUCUCCGUGUUACAAACCCGAAGACCCGUGAAACACUACUGUCUCGUUCUUGCUGGAACAUUACAGGCUUGUCCAUGUUUGUUGCUCCCUGGUCACCAGACUUUGCUCCAGGCGAAGCUCCUAUAACGUCAGCUGUUGUCCCAGAUGAGCUGAGAAAUGUUCCCUAUCUCCUUUACAACAAUGAAAGCCUGAGUCGUCUAGCUACAGUGGUAGGGAGACCGGUCUCUGUAGCUCCGGAAACUCAGCGUAAAGAAAACUUCCAAGUUGCGAAGCUUUAUGUCAAGGUUGAUCUAUUGAAACGUCUGCCUGAUACAAUAGUUUCGGGUUUCUCGAAUGGUAGAGAGUUUCGGAUUGAUGUUUCUUACCCCUGGCUUCCAAUUAAGUGCGAGCAUUGCGGUAAAUAUGGCCAUAAAAAAGAAGAAUGUCAUGUGGAGAUUGCAGCUGGUUUCCUUAACCAAAAUUUUGCCCCUCCAAAUCAGCGCAAAAGAUCAAUGUCUCGCCCUGCUCGUUCGCGUACAGCAAAGCCAAUCUUUGGUUCUCAGACCUAUGUUCCUAAAGCUGCUUCAGUGCAGGUAAUAGAAGCACCCAUGACGGGUCCGGUAUCUGAAGAUUCUGAGAAGUUGGAUACGUCGGUGAACCCUAUACCUGAGGUCACUGAGAACUUGGAGAUGUUAGAGGAAUCUGUAGCUAUAAGUAAGGGGACCGGUGUAGAUGGAAAGAUGAUUGCUCUUGACCAAUCUUUGGAGCUAGAAGAAGGAGAGGUCUCUCCUGUGCCCUGCCAGGACUCUAUUACUGCUGAUUCUACUAGCAAUAUUGGAGAACCUGUCUCCGCGGAUCAGGAUGAAGAGGGCUUCAGCACGCCUGCUAGGAAAAAGACAUCUCAUCUUGGAGGAUCAAAUAUGCACCCUCAGGCUGUAACUGCUUCAGUUCAUGUUGGAAAUUGCUCAAACUCUUUUGAUGUUUUGAGCGAUGAUCAAGUUGUUGAUGAUCCUUUCUUUCUUGUCAAUAAUAGGAAGAGUGGCCGGAAGUUGGAAGAUCGGAUACCUCUUUGGGACAGUUUGGUGGACAUUCAAGCUACGUCUCCAGUUUAUAGGUUCCCAUGGACGGUUAUUGGGGAUUUUAAUCAGAUUUUGAGAGUAAGCCACCACUCAAAUCACAUCUCUGCGAGGGUUGACACUGCAGGUAUUGAAGAAAUUAAUCUCUCCCUUCAGGAUGCGGAGUUGUUUGAGGCUCAAGCUAAGGGUUUGCCUUUCACUUGGACAAAUAAUCAGGACGACAAUCCCAUCUCUACUAAGAUAGACCACGCUUUCAUUAAUCAGUCAUGGUCCUCCUCCUUCCCUGAUUCAUAUGCAGAGUUCUUGGAACCAGGUCAAUCUGAUCAUGCUCCCUGCUUGUUUCAUCUUCCUUCGGUUAGACGUCGGGUUUGUAAACCCUUCAAGUUCUUUCCUCAUGUUACUGAUCAUCCAGAUUACUCUCAGCUGGUAUCUGAGUCCUGGAACUGCAGCCAAAUCACGGGAACUGAUCAGUUUAAGCUGGUCCGUUCACUGAAGUUGCUCAAGAUGGUCCUGCGAAGAUUGAACAAGAGACACUUCAGCGGUAUUUCUCAGCGAGUCAAGGAUCAAACUGUUAUAGUGGAUUGGCUUCAGAGAUCUCUGCUUACUCUUCCUGAUUCUGAUACAGCUAGGGAAGAACAUAUUCAACGUAUGGUCACUCAGUACGUAACUAGGAACCAUAUUCACUUUUUGAAGGAUGAGAAUGAUCUGGUUAUCUCCUCUACCGAUGACCUCAAGUCACACUCUGCUCAAUAUUUUCAGAAUAUCUUGGGUGUUACUGAUCUCCCUAUCUCUAUGGCUCCUAUGGACGAACUUCAGGACCUCCUCCCGUUUCGUUGCUCGGAGAUUCAACAAACUUAUCUAUCUUGA